AUGAGCGGACAAGUAUCAGCUUCAAAGGCCAAACGUCUCGCAGCUCGCGCUGCCAAGAACGAAGCCAAGGGAUUAACCGGCAAGCGUGCCGGCAAGGCUGAAAAGGCCGCCGACACAGAGCAGAACGGAUCGCCCGACGAUCUCAACGUGGACAAGCUCAAGAUUAACGUCGAUCGUACUGCCACCGGUGUCUAUACUUCGCAGGAGCGUAGUCGUGAUAUUAAGAUUGAGUCGUACUCGCUCAACUACCACGGUCGUGUGUUGAUUGACAAUGCUACUAUCGAACUCAACUUUGGCCGUCGAUAUGGUCUUAUUGGUGCCAACGGUUCUGGCAAGUCUACCUUCUUGGCUUCGCUUGCCGAGAGAGACAUUGAAAUUCCUCCUCACAUCGAUACGUACCUGUUGAACCAGGAAGCCGAGCCAUCCGAUAUGAACGCUGUUGAUGCUGUCAUCGACCACGCCAAGAACGAAGUCGCUCGUUUGGAGAAGGAAGUGGAAGAGAUCCUCGCCGCUGAGGACGCUGACAACCCAAUUCUCGACGAUUUGUACGAGCGUAUCGAACAAAUGGACCCGGCUACCUUUGAGACCCGUGCAUGCACCUUGCUGAGCGGUUUGGGCUUCACAACAAAGCAGAUGGAGAAGAAAACCAGAGAUAUGUCUGGUGGUUGGCGUAUGCGUGUGGCUCUUGCCCGUGCCUUGUUCAUUCGUCCUACUCUGUUGCUUUUGGAUGAGCCUACCAACCAUUUGGAUUUGGAGGCCUGUGUGUGGUUGGAAGAGUACUUGAAGACCUACAACCGUAUUCUUGUUGUCAACUCUCACUCGCAGGAUUUCCUUAACGGUGUCUGUACCAACAUGAUGCACCUGACCCACAAGCGCAAGCUGGUCUACUAUGGUGGUAACUAUGACACGUUCGUCAAGACCAAGGAAGAAAACGAGGUCAACCAGGCCAAGGCCUACCAGAAGCAGCAAGACGAAAUUGCCCACAUCAAGAAGUUCAUUGCCUCGGCUGGUACUUAUGCCAACUUGGUGCGUCAGGCCAAGUCCAAGCAGAAGAUCAUCGACAAGAUGGAGGCUGCUGGUUUGAUUGAAAAGGUCGAAAACCCUCACAAGUUCGUCUUCACGUUCACCGAUAUGGCCAAGCUCCCACCACCUGUCCUUGCUUUCCAGGAUGUCACUUUCUCCUACACUGGUGAUGUCAAAACUGCCUUGUACAAGAACAUUGAGUUGGGUAUCGACAUGGACUCCCGUGUUGCCUUGGUCGGUCCUAACGGUGCUGGUAAAUCUACUUUGCUCAAGCUCAUGAGCAGUGAAUUGAUGCCCACUGACGGUCGUGUCCAACGUCACACCUCGCUUAAGCUCGGCAAGUACUCUCAGCACUCUGCCGACCAGCUUGACAUGGACCUGUCACCCAUCGAUUACAUGCGCAAGAAGUUCCCUGAUGUCAGCACUGACAUCAGCUUCUGGCGUCAACAGAUUGGUCGCUACGGUCUGUCGGGUACCCAUCAGACCUCGCCUAUUGAGCAGCUGUCUGACGGUCUCAAGUCGCGUCUCGUCUUCUGUGAAUUGGCCGUUAUGCAUCCUCACAUCAUCUUGUUGGACGAACCGACUAACCACUUGGAUAUGGAAUCCAUUGACUCGCUUGCUGAUGCUAUCAACCAGUUCUCCGGUGGUGUCGUAUUGGUUAGUCACGAUUUCCGUCUGAUCAGUCAAGUAGCUAAGCAGAUCUGGCGUUGCGAGAACGGCCAUGUCAUGCCUUUCGAAGGUUCCAUUGGAGAAUACAAGGAAUCUCUGCGAAAGAACGUCAAGUUGUAA